AUGUCACGCGCCUCCGCCGGCUUUGCAGACUUCUUCCCAACGGCGCCCUCGGUCCUGCAGAAGAAGCGCAGCAGCAGGGCCGCUGCCGGCCAGGACUCGGGCAGCAGGCUCAAGGGCAGGUCUGCAGCCGCCGACUUCUUCGCGGAGGAGCAUCACGACGGCCAUCUUUUUGACGACGAGGACCAGCAGGACCAGCAUGCUGCGGGAGGGGCCUCUUCAGCAGCAGCAUCUUCCACCGCAGACGCUACGCCGGCCGCAGACCAGACGGAGACAGCUACGCCCAUCGAUCCCGCGGCGGGGGACUACUCUGCUGCUGCUGGUGCUGCUGCUGGUGCUGCUGCUGCGAAUGGCGUCGUUGCGAGAGUAGGCUCCUCCAGCUCGACGGCCACAGAGUCCUCCUCCUCGGCCGCGGCCACCACGCUCAACGGCAUGUCCGCCUGCGCCCUCACGCCCCUGACAAACACCGACUCCUCGCCGCCGCGCAAGUCCGGCAGCCCCAUGCUCUCUUCUUCGCGGCUGGCCGACUCUGAGCAGUCUUCCAUCUCCUCUACCGUUGAAUAUGAGAAAUACCACCAUCACCACGAUGGCCACGACCACGCCAAGGCCCUCCUCGCCAGUCGGCUGCCUCCUCCCAGGGGCUACAAGCUCGUCUACGACCCGGACCUGGACAAGAGGCCUCCUGUGUCCAAGGACAAGCGCCGGAAACCACAGUACGUCGCCUUCGGUGAAGGUGAGGCCGCCUCAGAUGCUGCUGCCGUGGCCGCCGCCGCUGCUGAACCCGAGUUCGGCCAGAAUCUUACCCCGGUAUCAUCAGUAUCAGACCCCCGGAGAGCUAUCCCAAACUACACCCGCGGCGCCGCCAGCAAGCAAAAGACAAAGUACAGACCGGCUCCCUACACCCUCAAGCCAUGGGCCUACGAUCCAGCUACCUCUAUAGGGCCCGGACCGCCCACUCAGAUCGUUGUCACCGGCUACGACCCCCUCACAACCGUGGCUCCCAUCAGCGCCCUCUUCUCUAGCUUCGGUGAGAUCGCGGGGAUAGACAACAGGACAGAUCCCACCACGGGCCGCUUUCUGGGUGUCUGCUCCAUUACCUACAAGGACACCAGGUCUCUGCGUGGCGGCUCUCCUCUCACAGCUGCCCAGUCAGCCCGGAGAGCCUACCUCGAGUGCAAGAAGGAACAGCGCAUUGGUACUCGGCGCAUCAGAGUAGAGCUGGACCGGAACGCCGCUGCUUGCAACCGUAUCGUCGCCAAACUCAUUGCUCUGCAGAAGCAGGAACAGCUAGCUGUCUUUGAACAGCAGAAUAGUGAUGCCACUACUACGAAAAAAUCCGACAAAUCCUCCAGCAUUCCCCCUCCUCCUCCACCUCUACCUACCGGGCCCAAAGCAGAAACCGAACCAUCAUCACAAUCACAACCACCAAAGGAUAAUGUACCGCCCCCCUCAGCCCCCAAGGGACCAUCUGGUAAAUCCUCUCUACACCCGGCCUUGCAGCUCCAACCACCAGACGGCCCUCGCGCGGCACCAAAACCGCCCUCUCUCGUCGAAGAGACUCCCAUCCUAGACCAGAUCAAACGAGACCCUUACAUCUUCAUUGCACACUGCUACGUCCCCGUUCUCAGCACCACCGUGCCCCAUCUAGAACGACGCCUCAAGCUAUACGACUGGAAGUCCGUCCGAUGCGACAACACAGGUUACUAUGUCUUGUUCGAAAACUCCCGUCGAGGCGAGCUCGAGUGCGAACGCUGCUUUCGGGGCUGCCACAUGACUGCUCUGUUCACCUAUGUCAUGAACAUGGAGUGCCAGCAGUACGGCAACCCGUCCUACGAACGAAGUCCCAGCCCCGAACGAGUCAAGGCCGAACAGCGCGAGAAAUCGGAAAAGGCACGGCUCAAGCGGGAGACCGAGCUGGACGUGGAAGAGGAGAAGCGUCUACGGGCUGAAAACGUCGAUCCAACCACCGAAGUCGUUGCCAUUGCCAUCCGUGAGCUCAGAGAUAAGCUUCUGGAAGAUAUCAAGACUCGCAUUGCGGCUCCGGCACUCUACGACUUUCUGGAUCCAGACCGGCACCGCGCAAAGAGACAAAAGCUAGGCAUUGCUGACCCGCAGGGCAUCAAGAAGCCGGCUUUCUACCUCGAUACCGGGCUGGGCGAAAGCACCACGGACUCACGAAACAGUCCUGCACCGCCUGGUGCGCAGUCGAAGAACGUCCUCGCAUUGCCGCGCAUUAGAAAAGCACGAGACUUUGAACGCAACAACUCUGCUUUUGUCGACGAACGAAGACGCCGUCCCACUGUGCGCAGGAGGGAAUUCAGACCACUCUACCACCGUCUUCAACAGCUUCAUGACGAAGAUGACUCCGACGACGAGCACCAGACUUCCUUCACCCGCGAUACCGAAGACCAGGAGUCUCGGCCGCUCUCCCGCCUCUCCAGCGAGGCAGACAAUGACGACGACGAGAAUCUACGGGGCUCCUUUGUGCCCAGUGUUUCUGGCUUUGGAGACUCUGGCCUCGACUCAGCCGGUAUUAAGGACGAGCUGGAUGACCUCGACCGUGAAUUGCUGGGAGAACCAGGUGACUAUGAAUGUGUCUCGAAGAAACGGAAACGACUCAGCCUGGAGCUGCUGGAGAUGGAGAAGCGGCGGAAGACAGUGGACGAGCUAUUCGGUGUCGAUACGUCUCAUCUUAGCCAGGAACCAGACGACGAGCUGUCUGCUCUAGUGGACUCGCAGGCCCAACGACUCGGUAAAGAAAAGGGCAAGAAACCGAAGAAGAAGACCAAGAAGCAGCUCCUCGAAGAGAAGAAGGCUCUUAAACUUUCUGAGCUCCAGGCUGCUGCGGACCAGGGCUUGAUUCCUAAGGUUGACGAUCUCGAUCUUGCUGUCACGCCUAUUGAAGGGGAGCUUGACAUUGAGGCCAAGGAGGAAGAGUAUGAGGAAGAAGAGGAGGAAGACGGAUACGUCAAGCCAGAGGUAGAAUGGGGAUUGUCAACUACCGAACCCAAGCCCACAGUCGAAGACGACGAAGGCAUCGUUCUCGAUCUCGACGGAUGGCAGAACAUAGUCAAGGACACAGAAGACCUUCGAUUCCUCCGCGAAGCUCUAGAAUCCACAUCGCUCCAAUCCGAACCCGACACCCCCAUCAUCACCAACGUCACAGCCUGGGCCUGGAACCAGAAACAAAUCAAGGCCAUCAACAGCCACGGCGCCCGCGGUCCCGUCCACUCCGAAAUAAAGAUAGACGGCUACUACGUCCCCAACCCCACGGGCUCCGCCCGCACCGAUGGCCGCAAACGUAUCCUCGAGUCCGAAAAAUCCAAAUACCUCCCUCACCGCAUCAAGGUCCAAAAGGCCCGCGAAGAACGCGAAGCCCUAGCCAAAAACGAUCCUACCGCCGCCGCAGACGCAGCUCGAGUCAUCGCCGCCAAAACCCUCUCCAAAUCAACCCUUACCUCCUCCCGCUCCAACCGCGUCAACAACCGCCGUCUAAUAGCCGAUAUCAAUGCACAGAAACAAGCUCUGCCCACCCAAAGCGGCGAAGGAGACGUGCUGCGCUUCAACCAGCUUAAGAAACGCAAGAAGCCCGUCCGUUUCGCCCGCUCGGCCAUCCACAAUUGGGGUCUGUAUGCUGAGGAAAACAUCACUGCCAACGACAUGAUUAUCGAAUAUGUUGGCGAGAAGGUUCGGCAGCAGGUGGCUGAUAUGCGUGAACGACGGUAUCUCAAGUCCGGCAUUGGAAGCAGUUACUUGUUUCGCAUUGAUGAGAAUACCGUCAUCGACGCUACGAAGCAUGGUGGUAUUGCGCGCUUCAUCAAUCAUAGCUGCACACCCAACUGCACGGCGAAAAUCAUCAAGGUCGACGGAAGUAAGCGUAUCGUCAUUUAUGCCCUUAGGGACAUUGAGAGAGAUGAGGAGUUGACGUACGACUACAAGUUCGAGCGAGAAUGGGAUAGCGAUGACCGUAUCCCGUGUCUCUGCGGCUCGACGGGCUGCAAGGGAUUCCUCAAUUAA